UGUUGGACCGCACGCUGGUCUGGUCUACGCGUCGCGCUGGACAAAUCCGGCGUCGAUAUCCAAUUUUCCAGAAGAGCGGAAAUUCAGGCUGCGGCGCGGGCACGGCGACCUUGACCCUUGGAAUCGCGAGGUCGCGCGAGAAACCGGCGGAAACCGAACGGCGAAGAUGAUACCGGAUGCGGAGGCUGCGUGCCAGACUUCCGAGGCUGCGGUCGACAGCGGCGACGUGUUCGAGAAGAUUAAGGACCGGCCGGAAAAGGAAGUGGCGUCGGUGACUGCCUGGAACCGAUACCAGCGACUGGUGGCCGCGAUGGAGUCCCGGGGUGGCGAAUUCAACCGGAAGUCCGUGAUCGAGGCGAUCUUCCGCGGCAGCGAUCUCGUCUACGUCACUCAUUGAUCCGCGGAGUCGAUCGGACGCGAGUGGGAAUCUCUCGUGCGUUCCUGUACCAAAGUGCCAGCCAGUAUCAAAUCGCUUUCGCGCGUGCAGUGGCGUAGAAUUUGCGAGUCGCAACGUCGUAAUAUGCUCCUAGCUUGAAUAUGAAUCUACAUAGCGAGCGUUUCUCUAUAAUGAAAUUUUUCGAGAGACUGGAAAUGAUAUUUGCAUUAAUACUUUAAUAAGAUAAAGUAAUGUACGAUA